GUUUGGUCUCCCCACAUCUUUCUGACGUCGCCAACGCCCGACACAACGAGCUCAUUGCUCAUAACCUAGACCGCCGAAGAAUAAAACCGCCUGAGGCUUUGAUCCCUUCUCGGGCCCGCCUUUUAGCCUGAUGUUGACGCCUGCGAAUGCUCUCAGGAAGAAGAUAAGGGUUACAGUCGUUGCCGCAGAUGGGCUGUCUAAGCGUGAUGUUUUCCGCCUACCCGACCCCUUUGCAGUCAUCACCGUAGAUGCAGAGCAGACUCACACCACCAGCGUCAUUAAGAAGACUCUGAAUCCUUACUGGAAUGAGAGUUUUGAUAUCACCGUCAAAGACUCUUCGGUGGUAGCUGUGCAGAUAUUUGACCAGAGGAAGUUCAAGAGACGUGAUCAAGGGUUUUUGGGCGUGGUCAACGUAAAAGUUAGCGAUGUGCUUGAUCUUGAGCUGGGGGGUCACGAAAUGCUGACUUUGGAUCUAAAAAAGUCCAAUGAUAACCUCGUGGUUCAUGGCAAGCUCAUCAUUUAUUUGUCAACAAAUAUCAACCAGCCCAUGAGCAACCCUGGACCCUCCCAAGUACAAGGAGUUACCUCUGCAUUAGCUGACAUGGGAAUGAAUGAAUCGAGUCUCUCUUUGUCACAUAAUGCGACUCCAGCAACUGGUAAUUCUCUAUCUCGCCCACCCAGUUCACACGCCACUGCCACUGAGCCCGUCGCAGCACCGUUGAUGCAGAUGCCGACUCCUCACAUACCAUCUUCGGCGACCAGCCCUGAGACGGAACAGGCGUCUUCACAGUCUCCAUCAGCUCGUCCUAUAAGCUCAGGCGGUGGCCAUGCUGCACUUGCUGCACCCCCAUCCACAGCACCCUCUUUAGCUACUUCUCCCGGCCAAUCGGCCAGCAACGCACAACAGAGAAAUUUCAACCCUAAUGUGGAUCAAUAUGGAGCACUACCUCCCGGCUGGGAGCGUCGCAUUGAUCCACUUGGUCGAACAUAUUAUGUUGACCACAAUACCCGGACAACAACUUGGAACCGACCAUCACCUAACCAAACUGUAAAUCACAGCAACCAGGACAGCGAAACAAAUGCCGCGAGAGACCAGCACUCCCGCCGCGUACUCGCCGAUGACAUGGUUGACGCUGCUAGCACAGGUGCUGCGGGUGCCAAUGCAUACCGCAACUCCCCCCCGCCGGCGGUCGUUGGUUCGGGUGGGAAUACUACGACAGCUGGGUCUGGGAGUCUUCCAGCCGGCUGGGAGGAGAGGUACACCCCCGAAGGUCGACCCUAUUAUGUUGAUCAUAACACGCGCACUACCACCUGGGUCGAUCCCCGGCGUCAGACCGUCAUCCGCGUCAUGGGCCCUAAUGGACAGAACACAUCCUUGCAGCCUCAGACCAUAUCACAGCUGGGUCCCUUACCCUCUGGCUGGGAGAUGCGUCUCACUUCCACUGCACGUGUUUAUUUCGUGGACCACAACACGAAGACGACCACAUGGGACGAUCCCCGCAUGCCAUCCACUCUUGAUGCCAACGUCCCGCAGUAUAAGCGUGACUUUAGGAGGAAGCUUAUUUACUUCCGAAGUCAGCCUGCUAUGCGUGCCCAGCCAGGCAACUGCCAGAUCAAAGUGCGGCGGAACCAUAUCUUCGAGGAUAGUUAUGCAGAGAUCAUGAGGCAGACGCCGAAUGAUUUGAAGAAACGUCUCAUGAUUAAGUUUGAUGGUGAAGACGGUCUUGAUUACGGCGGUCUGUCAAGAGAGUUCUUCUUCCUUCUGUCGCACGAGAUGUUCAACCCAUUUUACUGUCUAUUUGAAUACUCCGCCCACGACAACUACACGCUUCAAAUCAAUCCCGCUUCAGGUGUUAACCCAGAGCACUUGAACUACUUCAAGUUCAUCGGUCGCUGUCUCGGUCUUGGAAUAUUCCAUCGUCGUUUCCUCGAUGCAUACUUCAUUGUCAGCUUCUACAAGAUGAUUUUAAAGAAGAAGGUGACCCUGUCAGAUCUCGAAUCUGUCGAUGCUGAGUUGCAUCGUGGAUUGACCUGGAUGUUGGAGAACGACAUCACGGACGUGAUCGAUGAGACUUUCACGACAACCGAGGAGCGCUUCGGUGAACUGGUCACCAUCGAACUUCGUCCAGGAGGAGGAGAUGUUAACGUGACCGAGGACAACAAGAAGGAAUACGUGGAUGCCGUUGUCGAAUAUCGCAUCUCAAAGCGUGUCAAGGAACAAUUCGAUUCGUUCAUGUCGGGUUUCAGCGAGCUCAUUCCACAGGACCUCAUCACCGUCUUCGACGAACGCGAAUUGGAGCUCCUGAUUGGUGGCAUGUCGGAGAUUGACGUAGAUGACUGGACGAAGCACACUGACUACCGCGGAUAUGAGAUGAAUGAUGAGGUCAUUCAGUGGUUCUGGAAGUGCAUUCGCAGCUGGCCGCCUGAACGCAAGUCCCGCUUGCUUCAGUUCGCCACGGGCACAUCCAGGAUUCCUGUCAAUGGCUUCAAGGACCUUCAGGGCUCGGAUGGACCUCGCCGCUUUACCAUAGAAAAGUCUGGCGACCCUUCGCAGCUACCGAAGAGUCAUACCUGCUUCAACCGUAUUGAUCUUCCACCAUACAAAGAUUAUGCUAGCCUGGAGCAGAAGCUCACGCUUGCUGUAGAGGAAACUGUUGGAUUUGGUCAGGAGUAAUUUUAUGCACGACUUUUCACUUUUAUCCUUACAAUCGAUGUCACGCUAUCUUUUUGUAAUGUUAGUGGGACGCAGAUUAUUUUUUUUGCUGUUCGUACAAGUCUCUUUCGGCGAUUUAUAUGCUGUCUUUCUGUCGUCCACAAGCACCGCUUUCGUAUCUUUACACAUGGCUCCUAGUAGGUCUUUUCUGUAUAACGCGGAGCAAUUAUCAUUGGUGUUCGUAUUAUGU